AUGGUUCUCAAUACCAUGGCAGUGGUAAGGCUUCUGCUGUUCGCACAGUUUUGUUUGGUCUUGGCAUUAGCGGCUGCGACUCACACACCGGCACGAGACUCGUUAACUAGUUUGAUUACUGGCCCACAGAUAACUCGACGUCCAUCUGUCGGUAAAAAGCCUAAAUUUGUAGGCCAUCAUGCUCAUUUGGAUAAGGUGCCAGCGCGGCGUGUAAUUGAUAACAAUCCAGGCUUUCAUUCCGCAUUAGAUGUUGCGGCGUCUGUUGACGCCCGUAAAGAAGAGUUUCACGAUGCACCAGAGUUCAUUAGUGCUGCUCUCAGUAAAAUACCCCAGAUUGAUUCCGAAUUGAGGAAUGAACUGUCGACUAGAGCAGUAAAUCUGUAUGGUCAUUAUAGUAGCUGUAUGCCCGUCAUCAAUGUUUUCUGUCAAAGCACAAACCAAGUAUCAAGUCAUAAAGCUUGGCAUACUUCAAGUACGGCAGAUACCAAAGGCGGACUUAUCACCUCUAAUCACGCAAACUUUAACUUCAUGUAUUCAUUCCUGCCAACGGUGGCCGUAUGUUGUGCCUUUUUGUUAUGA